AGUGCGAAAAUACGCGCGAAAACAAAAGUCGAGCAAGAAAGCAAGAAAUACAAAACUUGCAGGGCUCACCGUUGAAUACCUUCUGUUUCAUUGUCGAUUAUUUCCUGUAGAUGAUAACAGAUCGAGAUGACACCGUUCGUGGAAGGUUGGGAUUUCAUUGAGACACUCGGAGAAGGCGCUUAUGGGGAAGUUAAGCUUGCAGUUAACCGAGAGACUCAGGAGGCAAUCGCUGUAAAAAUAAUUAAUAUCGAACGUGUCAAGGCCGCUAGCUCACAAAACGGCACCAGCAUACAAGACGAUAUCAGAAAGGAGAUCUGUAUUCACCGAAUGCUCCAGGAUGUCCAUGUUAUCAAGUUUUAUGCCCAAAGAGUGGAAAACAGCAAGCAGUACCUCUUCCUGGAGUACUCCUCUGGCGGAGAAUUGUUUGAUAGAAUAGAACCUGACAUCGGGAUGCCCCAAGCGAUGGCUCACAAGUACUUCAAACAGCUACUUGCAGGAGUGGAAUACUUGCACAGACAGGGUGUGACACACCGUGAUAUCAAACCUGAGAAUCUGCUCCUAGAUGCUGAUGAUAACUUGAAAAUCACAGACUUUGGAUUUGCAACUGUAUUUCGACACAAGGGGAGAGAGCGACUGCUGGGAAAAUGCUGUGGAACACCACCAUACGUCGCCCCAGAGGUCUUGGGGAAGAUGGACUACCGUGCCCAGCCAGCUGAUAUCUGGUCAUGUGGAAUUGUGUUGGUAGCCAUGUUAGCAGGAGAGCUCCCAUGGGAUGAGCCAUCGCCAAGAAAUAGAGAAUAUCUUGCAUGGAUAGAAAACAAAAUAAAUAGAACACCAUGGGUCAAGAUUGACCCACAACCUUUAGCACUUUUAAAGAAGAUUUUACUGGCAAACCCUUCUAAAAGAUGCACCAUUCCACUGAUCAAGGCCGACAGAUGGUUUGAUAGGACAUUUACUGUGACUACCAGAAGCCCUGGCAAUAACUCCCGAAUUGAGAGCUCACCUUGUAGUUCACCAUGUAGCACUGGACCCUUUAAAAGACAGAGGUCAGAGGCAGACACACCUGUGCUCAAAGAAAAGAACGAGGCACACAUCUCUGCAUCACAGCCCGAGCCUCGGCGGCACCUGGAUAGUGGUUUAGGGAGUGCCAUUGGCUCCACUGAGGAUUGUGGUGAAGCUAAGGAAGCCUUGUGGUUCUCACAGCCAAUCCACCCAGACCACAUGCUACUUAGCAGCCAGUUGCCAUGUACGCCGGGGUCAUCACAGACCCCGUUCCAGAGAUUAGUGAAGAGAAUGACAAGAAUUCACUCCAAGAAAAACCAAGAAACUACCCUAGCCAAGUUAAAGGACGCUUUGGAUAAGCUUUCUUACUCUUACAAAUGCACUGGUGUUAAACUGUUAACAGUAGAAACAAUUGACAGACGGAAAAAUAAGAUUGUGAUGAAAGUGAGUCUGAUUGAUAUGGCUCCUGCUGUCCUAGUGGACUUCAGACUUUCUAAGGGUGAUGGACUCGAGUUCAAGAGACAGUUUCUCAAGAUAAAGGCAAACUUGAAAGACAUAAUGGAGCGAUAGCAUCCAAGAAAACACAUAUAUACCAUGAUAACAUAGUGCCAUCCCUCAAUUAGUCAUAUUAUUGAUCAAGAGGACCUAAAAAGUCAAACUAAAAUGUCCUCGUUUACGAUAUCUUCAAUCUGUGAUGGACCUGGGAAAAUGUUAUAAUCUAAAGAAAAUAUUAUCAAACAUACUCCCUAUGCAUGAAAUAAAACAAAUUUUACUAAUU